AUGAGUCUGAAACCUGCUGUGUCCGUCAUUUUAACUGGAUCUGGAUCGACUCGAUGUUCUGGCAGAGUUGAAGUUUAUCACAAUAACAGCUGGGGAACAGUCUGUGAUGAUGGCUGGGACUUAAAUGAUGCUGAGGUGGUUUGCAGACAGUUAAACUGUGGGUCGGCCCUGGAGGCUCCUCGAUCAGCUCACUUUGGUGCAGGAACUGGACAGAUUUGGCUUGAUCAUGUGACCUGUUCAGGAAAUGAAAGUUCUCUAACUGAGUGUCAACACAGUGGAUUUGGAUCAAACACAUGUGAACGUGGUCAGGAUGCUGCUGUCAUCUGUUCAGAUGUGAUCAGAUUGGCUGGGUCUGGAUCAACUCGAUGUUCUGGAAGAGUUGAAAUCUUUCACAAUAACAUCUGGGGAACAGUCUCUGAUUACAACUGGAACUUUAAUGAUGCUGAGGUGGUUUGCAGACAGUUAAAAUGUGGGACGGCACUAGAGAAUCCCCAAUUUGGUCACUUUGGUGAAGCAACUGGACAGAUUUGGCUCAGUGCUGUGACGUGUUCAGGAAAUGAAAGUUCUCUAACUGAAUGUCGACACUCAGGAUGGGGAAACAACUACUAUGGACAUUAUUAUGAUGUUGGUGUCAUCUGUUCAGGUAUGAUCAGAUUAGCUGGAUCAACUCGAUGUUCAGGCAGGGUUGAAGUUCAUCACAAUAACAGCUGGGGAACAGUCUGUGAUGAUGGCUGGGACUUAAAUGAUGCUGAGGUGGUUUGCAGAGAGUUAAACUGUGGGUCGGCACUGAAAGUUCCUACAUCAGCUCACUUUCGUGCAGGAACUGGAAAGAUUUGGCUUGAUCAUGUGACCUGUUCAGGAAAUGAAAGUUCUCUAACUGAGUGUCAACACAGUGGAUUUGGAUCAAACACAUGUGAACGUGGUCAGGAUGCUGCUGUCAUCUGUUCAGAUCUGAUCAGAUUGGCUGGGUCUGGAUCAACUCGAUGUUCUGGAAGAGUUGAAAUCUUUCACAAUAACAUCUGGGGAACAAUCUCUGAUUACAACUGGAACUUAAAUGAUGCUGAGGUGGUUUGCAGACAGUUAAAAUGUGGGUCGGCACUAGAGAAUCCCCAAUUUUUUCACUUUGGAUGGGGAAACAACUACUAUGGACAUUAUUAUGAUGUUGGUGUCAUCUGUUCAGGUGACAAACUAUAG